AUGUCAGAAACUGAGCUGGAAAAGAUAAAAGUAAGAACAGCCGAGCAUUUUGAAAAUGACAAAAGCAACAUUCCUUGGUUAAAGGAAGGUAAAUCUCAUUCCAUUUCUCCGUCAUUGGGCGAUCCCUAUACGCAACUCACAAAUGAAAAGCAUGCAGAAGAGAAACCUAUUAAUGCUAUUAUUAUAAAUUCAGUAUCCGAAUUCAGUAUCACAGAUGGACCAUCCCAGGAAAGCCCCAAUGAGAAGAACCUGUCAGGAUCGAGCACUUCACUCUCCUCGCUCGAAGAAUGCCAAACGAAAUUUCCCUACCUCCAAACUAAUACUUCAGUUCAUCGGAGAGAUGCGGAUGAGGAGUGUGCCUCCCUGAUCCUCACCUGUCUCUUUUGCCAAUUCUUGGACUGCCUCCUCAUGCUCCCUGAUACAUGUGAAACAGUGUGCAUCAACCUGUGCUGCCCCUCUCACAGGUACUACUCUGCCUCAGAUGAGAACCAUCCACGCAAUGAUUGCAACUUGACCUGUGACAUGGACUGCAGCCUCUUUGAAUCCUGCCACGAGACCAGCGAGUGCCUGGAGCUGGCCAUGGAGAUAUCAGAAAUCUGUUACCGCUAG